AUGGCUCAAGCGUCAUCGUUCAAAUCGUCUAUACGCUAUCAAGUAUGCAAUUCAACCACUGACAACGACAUCUCGCCCCCUUCACCAACGAAACCAUCUCAGCAAGGAUAUUCAUCAAUUAUCGAUGAUGAUCUAUGCGAAAUUAGGAUUUCACCAACAACAAAUAGAAAGAUCUCACCAUCAGUGUCUUCACCGAAUCAUCAUGCAUCAUCAUUAACACAUUUGAUUCCAUCGAAAUCAAGUGUGCCUAAAAAAUCUUCCUCAACUGACUCAACUAUUAUCAAAAUACCAAUUCAACCACCAUCUUUAUCUCCAAAGCAACCACUUGAUAGCUCGUCAUCAGAUCAAUUCCUUACAAAAAGAGUCGAUCGAAUAUCUCAACAACAACAUCAACAACAGCAGCAAACACAUCAGUCAUCAACAAAUUCAUCGAUUAGAGAUGUUAUUACUACAUCUAAUAUCCGCCAAUCGACAUCAAGACAAUCUGCAUUAGAUGCAGUUACAACAAAAUUACCAGCAAAUGUACGAAAAAAUUCAAUCAUAGCAACAACAUCACCACCCGCAGUGCAACAACAUCUAUCACCGGAUAAUGAAAAUCUAUUCUCUACUUAUCAAGGAGAUUUUAUUCGGCAAUCUCGACAAUUACGUAAAGCUCGUCGACAAGAUAUAAAAGCACGAUUCGAAAAAUUUGAUUUGAACUCACCAACAACACGACGUACACAUUCAUCACGUCGUUUUACCUUUAUCUUUGAUCCAAGUGGUCGUUUAGCCUAUUGGUGGACAUCAAUAAUAAGUCUUGCAUUUCUUUAUAACUUUUGGAUAAUUAUUUUUCGUUUUUCCUUUCAUGAACUAACGCCAAAGACUUUUUUAAUAUGGUUUAUACUCGAUUAUUCGUGUGAUUUUCUUUAUUUAAUGGAUAUUAUGUUUAAUUUUCGUACAGCUUAUCUAGAAGAAGGUGUUUUACAAACAGAUCCGAUUAAAUUACGCCACUAUUAUAUGAAUACAACAAGAUUUUAUAUCGAUUGUCUUUGUUUAAUGCCAUUAGACUUUCUCUAUUUAUCAAUUGGUUUUAAAUCAGUUGUUCGAUUAUUUCGUUUAGUAAAAAUUUAUCGGUUUUGGACAUUUUUGGAUCGCACCGAACGACAUACGAAUUAUCCAAAUCUAUUUCGUACGAUCGUUAUGAUACAUUAUUUACUUGCCAUAUUUCAUUGGAAUGCAUGUUUUAUUUAUAUAUUACAUACAAAUUCAGAAUUAAGUUUUACAAGACGUUUUUCAUUUACUCUCAAUGAUAAUGGUCUAGAUUAUUUUAGAGCCUUAUAUUGGUCAAUAACAACAUUAACAUUGACACAAAAUCAUGAAACAAAACCAGCAUCGAAAGAAGAUUAUAUAUUUUUAAGUGUUGAACUUAUAUUUGCUUUAUUAUUAUUUGCAACUAUCAUGGGACAUGUUGCAUCAAUUGUUUCGAAUUUAAGUAACGCUAGAAAAGAUUUUCAAGCUAAAUUGGAUGCAGUGAAAACCUAUAUGUCAUUACGACGUGUGCCGAAUAAUUUAGAAGAUCGUGUUAUUCGAUGGUUUGAUUACUUAUGGAUGAGUCAUAAGUCAGUCGAUGAUAAUCAAGUUCUUUCACUAUUACCAUAUAAACUUCGUGCUGAAAUAGCAAUACAUGUCCAUUUAGAUACUUUAAAACGAGUUGAAAUAUUUCAAAAUACUGAAGCCGGCUUUCUAAAUGAACUCGUUCUACGCCUUAAACCUGUUCUGUUCUCACCCGGAGACUUUAUUUGUCGAAAAGGUGAAGUUGGAAGAGAAAUGUAUAUUGUUAAUCGUGGAAAAUUGCAUGUUAUGGCAGAUAAUAAUAAAACUGUCUUAGCAACAUUAAAAGCCGGAUCAUAUUUUGGAGAAAUCAGUAUUUUAAAUAUGGGUAGCGGGAAUCGUCGAACAGCAUCGGUUCGAUCCGUUGGUUAUUCAGACUUAUUUUGUCUUUCAAAAGAAGACCUUUGGGAAGUAUUAAAAGAAUAUCCAGCUGUACGUGUAAAACUUGAAGCGAUAGCUGUCAAACGUCUUGAAAAACAUAAAAAACCUUUAAUUCAACAAGUUAAUUUAAAACGAAGUAAAAGUGCACCUGGUCUUAUCGAGGCGAAUUGUCGUCUUCCAUUUCACAGUCAUGUUCGUCGAACUGGCAGCGGAUUUCAUCGUUUACCAUCCGUUAAAGAAACGGAUGUACCUGCAACUACACCUUCAAUAGUUCCCUCAAAUUCAUUUUCUAAUCAUUCACAGCAACCACUUUCGGCGUCAUCGAAUUCAUUAUUAGCAGCUGCGCCACUUGCAACUUCUAUAAGUGUAACAUCGUCAUUGAAUUAUAAUCGACAACGGGCGAUGAAUCAUUCGGUAUCAUGGUCCAUGACAACGGAUACAAAAAAAACAAAUAUAUCUCGUAUUGGAAGAGCUACAUCAUUAAAUCAUAGUGAUAUACAAAGUCAUAAUACUCCACUAAUUACAAAUGAAAUUGAACGUUUAAAAAAACGUUUAAUUGAACUUGAAUAA